AUGCACCAGCCAGGCCUGGAGCAGGAGAGACGCUGCUGCCCCCCACGCCCCCCAGGAGCCGGGACCUGCCCGCAGCCCAGCCCCCCCAGGGCCACAGCCACCCGCUGGGGCAUCUGCUCUGCUGGCAAGAUCAGCCACGAUUUCCUGGUGGCCCUGAAGACCCUCCCGGCCACGGAGCAUCAGGCUGUGGCCAUCGCUGCUCGUGAUCUCGCCCGGGCUCAGGAAUAUGCCCAGAAACAUAGGAUCCCCCGAGCGUACGGGAGCUAUGAGGAGCUGGCGCAGGACCCUGACGUGGAUGUAGUCUACGUGGGGGUCAUAAACCCCAAGCACCUGCCCGUGGGACGGCUCUUCCUGGGGGCCGGGAAGCCCGUGCUGCUGGAGAAGCCCCUGGGGAUGAACACGGCGGAGGUGAGGGAGCUGGCACAGCUGGCCCGGAGCCAGGGGGUCUUCCUGAUGGAGGCGUUCUGGACCCGCUUCUUCCCCAUCUCAGAGCAGAUCCGCCAGCUGCUCGCCCAGGGGGCGGUGGGCGAGGUGAAGCUGAUCUCGGUGACUAUGGGGCACCCCAUGGAGAACAUCCUCCGGCUGGUGAAGAAGGAGUUGGGGGGUGGGGCCAUUCUGGACAUCGGCUGCUACGGCCUCCAAUUCGCCAACAUGGUCCUCACAGGGGAGCAGCCAGAGUCCAUCAUCGCCUCGGGCUUCCUCUUCCCCUCUGGUGUGGACGAAACCACCUCGGUGAUCCUGCAGUACGCGGGCAAGCGCCAGGCCGUGGUGUCCUGCACCAUGAGCGUCGAGCUCCCCAACCAGGCCUCGGUCUGCGGCACAAAGGGCUCCAUUGAGCUCCCCGCCCCCUGGUAUGCCCCUACCACCAUGAUCGUGAAUAACCAGCGCUACGAGUGCCCCCUGCCACCCCCCACCCAGCCCCUCAACUUCUCCAACGGCACCGGCAUGCGCUAUGAGGCCCAGCACGUACGCGAGUGUCUGCUGCAAGGCCUGAAGGAGAGCCCCAUCAUGAGCCUGGCCGACAGCGAGCAAGUGGCCUCCAUCAUGGACAAGGUGCGACAGCAGCUUGGAGUGACCUACUCCGCAGACAAGCAGGGCUGAGCGCCCCGGCUGCCAGGGGAGGC